AUGUCCCGGAUCUUACCACCACAAGGAACUUUAUCAUCUUUAGCAUCAUCUUCAAGACCGAUAGCGCCUUUACCAAACUAUCAACAACAACAACAACAACAACAACAACACCAAAACCAACAAGCACAACACAAUCAACAAACGAAAUGGACACCAUAUAGACCUGAAACGUGGGAAUUACAUCCUGGACCCAAAAACAGAUUAUUCCUCGCAUUGAAAUCAUCCAUCGAAGAAGAAGUAGAUUGGGCAUUACCAAGAUUGGUCGUAGCUAGUUUCGAUGAUAGUCAAACUCAAAAUACAUCAAGUGAAAAAUUCAGAUUGGAAACAUGGGUAGAUAGCGUUAGUGCGUUGAUUGAAUGGCCGAUAAAAUGGUUGGAUCAAUUAGAAUUGGAAUCUACUUCUGUACUUUUACGUGAACGUAGAUAUCCUUUCGAAGGAUCGGAUUUGGAUUCGGAUUUGGGGGCAGAUUUGGACAGCGUUGGCGAAAAACGGAAAAGGCAAGCACAACCACAGCAGCAUGAAGUAGACUCGAAAACGAAAGCGAAAACGAAAACGAAAACGAAAACGAAAGCACAAAUAGAUUUAGCAAAAAGUGUCAUACCAGAAUGGACGAUUGAUAAAAGGAAAUUAGAAGAAAGAGCUACAAACUCAUUAUUGAUCUUGAGAAAUUCAAGUUUUACAACGUCAAAUUCCAAGAUUAUAUGUAGAACUAUCUUUUUAGAUUUCCUUUUGAGGUUUUUCAAUUUACCUAUUGAUUUUUUGAUAAAUCAUUUAAUGUUGAAUUCCCCUGAACCAAUUCAUCAUAUUUUGAUCAUUAUACAAUCUAUUUUCCCAUAUUUGAGGAUAUCACCUCAUCAUUUUUCCACUUCAAUGUCCACCUCGAUAUCGAACUCGAACUCAAACUCAAGAGCAAAUGGACAAGCUCAAGCUCACGCUCACGCUCACGACGAAAUCAAGACUGUAUUCGGUGAUAUCCUACCUAGGUUAUUAAUUCAAACGAAAGAUCAAUCAAUGAUAAAUAACUUGAUACCAUUGAUAAUAAUGGGAUUGACAAUUCCAAAUUGUCUAUCGCAAUCUAUCGAAUCUGAAUUAAUUGAACAUCUAUUAAGAUCAUUAGUCCUUAGACCGUCAUCAUCAUCAUCAUCAUCAACAACGACAACAUCAAGUUCUUCUUCGAAUACAAUAACGUCACUUGAUUUAUCACUCGAUUUACUUAUUUCAUUAACACAAAAUCCUAUCUACGCAAGACAGAUUUUAUCAAAUAAAGACUUUGUAUUUCAUUUGAAGAAUUUAGUCAUGCUGUUGGAAUAUGGCAGUAAAUCAAUCGGACUCUCAUGGGAUAAUCCAGACCCCCAAUCAACCGGUAAAGUUUACAGAAAUCCAGCAUCGAACUUUAUCAGAUUGGAAUCAGUAGCUAAGAGGAGAAUACAAGAAAGAGAAAUAGCACAAAGACAAAUGGAAAUUUUUGGUGGUCAAGGUGUUAAAGUGGAUGUAGGUGAAAAACCGCCUGUUUUGAGUCAAAUCACAAGAGAAAGACUAUACAAUAUGAGAGAACCCAAUAGGAGUAUUAGCUGGAUGCACGAAGCCUUCGUUUACUCGUCUACAUCCCAAUUACUCCAAGUGACAUUCUGGCACGCUUAUCGAGAUUUCUUCCAAAACCCUUCGACGAUAGAACCUCUCUUAAGCGCGGCCGAAGUUAUCAAGAAUGUGACUAUUGCUUUCCCGGGUGCUAUGGCGAAAGUAUGGACAGACGAGAUGGGCGGUCAGAAAUUCGUCAUUGCUGGCAUAGGUUUCAGGAAGACCAGUGAUGACCAAGAACGAUUUUCAUGCCUUUGGAAAGAUUGCAAUUCUCGACACGGAUCCAUCAAUUCAUCUUCCUUGUUAUCGCAUCUGCAAUCGCAUCACCUGUCUUCAACUACACAGCCGUUACAAUGUCAAUGGGCUACCUGCACUCACACUCCAUUCACCUUAUCUCAUCUCCUAACACAUCUUCCUCUCGUUCAAGCAGUGCCCGUAUUGGAAGUGGUAACCGUUUAUCCCACCACACCAGAAUACGCGUUAUCACAAUCGAUCAUAACAAAUAGAUCAGUGCCUCCUUUAGCUAAACCAUUCAAAUUACAUUGCGUAGCUCAGACUACACCUAUAGAUUCCAAAAGACAUCCGGUUGGAGUAGCCUUUCUGACCAGUCUCAUAUUAAGGAAUCUAUCAAGAACACUAAGGACUGAGUUGAGCUUAUUAAAUGUCGAUAAUGACGAUGGUGAAAAUGGUAAUGAUAAUACAGAGGGAAAGAACAAGAGAGAUAAAAAGAAGAACCUGUUAGAAGAAAGAUUCGGUUUACCGAUACCUGACAAUGUAUUGAAGGAAGAAGAGGAAGAAGAAGAAGCUAAUAAUAAUGCGAAUGCAGCUGGAAGAAGAGAGAAAGAAUUGAAUGAACAAUUAGCUAAAAAAGAAAUGGAAAGAGCAAAAUUCGCUUUCAUUAGUGUUCAAGAUAGAUUGGAAGAGGUUACGGAAAAGAACAUGAGUGGAUUAGCGACUUAUUUAGGUGAUUCCUUGGGAUGGUUCUAG